UUAGAAGGUCUAGUUGUUAGUUCUCUUCGUCAAGUAGAAGAAAGAAAACCUAACCCCCCAAAAUUCCAUCAAAAUCUCCAAAUUAGGGUUUUGGUUCAUCCAAAAUCCAUUGCUUAACGCUUUCUUUGUUGAAUCAUGGAUGCUCAGAGGGCUUUGCUCGAUGAGUUGAUGGGAGCAGCUCGUAAUCUUACGGAAGAGGAGAAGAAGGGAUACAAGGAAAUCUCUUGGGAUGAUAAGGAGGUUUGCGGAUCUUAUAUGAUUCGAUUUUGUCCACAUGAUCUUUUUGUCAAUACUCGCAGUGAUCUUGGACCAUGCCCUAGAAUUCAUGAUCCGAAACUCAAAGAAAGCUUUGAGAAGUCUCCCAGGCAUGACUCUUUUGUGCCAAGGUUUGAAGCUGAACUUGGCCAGUUCUGCGAGAAAUUGGUAAUGGACUUGGACAGAAAAGUUAGACGUGGCAGGGAGCGCCUAGCCCAGGAAGUUGAAGUUCCACCAGCUGCUCCAGUCUCUAUGGAGAAAUCUGAGCAGCUAUCAUUGCUGGAGGAGAAGAUAAAGAAGCUUCUUGAGCAAGUGGAGACCCUUGGUGAAGCUGGCAAGGUGGAUGAAGCUGAGGCACUCAUGAGGAAGGUGGAUUCGCUAAAUGCCGAGAAGACAUCCUUGACGCAACUGCCACAGAAUGAUAAGCUCUUGAUUACACAGGAGAAGAAGAUGGCAUUGUGUGAGGUAUGUGGUUCUUUUCUUGUAGCAAAUGAUGCGGCAGAAAGGACACAGUCACAUGUGACCGGCAAGCAGCACAUCGGUUAUGGCAUGGUCCGAGAUUUCAUCAGCGAGUACAAGGAGUCUAAGGAGAAAGCAAGGGAAGAAGAAAGACUAGCUAGGGAGAAGGAAGUUGAAGAAAGGCGAAAGCAGAGGGAGAACGAAGUUGAGAACAGAAGUAAGCGAAGCAACUCCGGCGAGAGUGAUAGGUAUCAUGACCGUGAACGAGAUCGAGGGCGAGAUCGACAUCGUGAACGAGACUCUAACAGGGAAAGGUCUACAGAAUGGAGUGGCAGAGGAAGCAGGGAUGGAGGAAGAGAGAGAGACUGGAAGUAUAACAACCGCAGAAAUGGAAGAGCAGUAGACAGGGAUCGGUACAAUGACAGAAAUGGAAAAGGAGAUCUCUCUCGUGAGAGGGGUUGGGACAGAAGCAGGUCCCGCUCACCUGUUAGGCAUGGUCACUAGAGGUCAUCAAGAAGCUUAGUCGGCCUAUAUUAGUGGUCGGACUUUGUAAUUAGCUGACCGAGUUUGAACCUAAAAGAGGUAGACAUUUUCUAUCUCAUACAUCUAAAUAUUUUAUUUUGUGAAGUUUCAAGUACGAAUGUAGUCGACAACACUUGUUUUGUUAUCUCACAGAUCUGUUGAGACUUUAGUACUAUACCAUCUCCCUAUCAAUUAUACUUUAGAGGAAAAGGGGAUUGAGGUAGGUCUAUUUGUGCUGUCAAAUUUAAUUAUUUUAUGUAGGUAUGAGUUGAGCUAAAUAGUUUCGCAUGGGUUCUAUAUGGGCAUACUUGUUUCAGAGCACUUAUCUUGGCCAAUGUUGGUAACAAAUGUUCCGAGUAACUAAGACAGCAGGUGGUAGACUAUGGUGCGUCAAUAAAGCUGCUGCAGAGGGAGAUGUUUGUUAUUUCAAAUGUUAGCAAGGUAACCCAUAAAUCUUGGCUUGUACCCUGUUCGGAUUCACAUAGUGGGAAUUUUGCACUUGUGUAGUUGCAGUUUGAUGUACUUCCAAAUUUACUCCUGCUUGGUGGCAGUUGUCAAUUUGCUACUGUAAAGAAAACACUUGGGAAUGUGUAUCCUCACCCACACCCACACCCACACCCACACCCACACCUGGCUGCGUGAUGGUAGAUAGGCCUUGUUGCUGAUUACUGUGUUUAAUUUUUUUUGAAGCGUGCUGAAUACUCAUUAUAUAAGCAAUGUCGUGCAGAACUUUUUGGGCUAUAUGUCAGUCGUCUU